AUGCCUGUCCCAGAAAACCUCCAAGAUCUCAAAGAUGUUUUACAUCCCCACUUCCACUUCGGCUAUGCAACCGCUGCCCCCCAAGUUGAAGGCGCUUGGAAUGUCGACGGGAGAGGCAUUUCUAUCUGGGACGAAUUCGGCCAUACCGCUGGAAAAAUAAACGAUUCCAGUGGAAAAGACGAUCCUGUUAACGAGAAGGGGUUGAAGUAUUAUAGUGAGCUUGUGGAUGAGCUGUUGACGAAUGGAAUUACACCUUUCGUGACGCUUUUUCAUUGGGAUAUGCCUCAAGUGUUGGAGGAUAGAGUCAAACAUUGGAUUACUUAUAAUGAACCUGGUGUCUAUACGUUGGCGGGGUACGCAGCGAGUGUGCAUGCGCUAGGACGUUCGUCAAAUCGAGAUUUGAAUGAAGAGGGAGAUUCGAGCACCGAGCCAUUUACGGUGGGUCAUACGGAGCUGGGCGGGACCAUAAUGAUCACGUUGCAUGGAAACUACUCGGAGCCGUGGAAUGAAGAUGAUCCGUUGGACGUGAAGGCUGCGGAAAGUGAUUGUCCGGCUAGUAUGCGUGCACAGCUUGGAGAUAGAUUGCCGAAGUUCACGGAGGAAGAAUUUGAAUUGAUUUUGGGGUGUUCUGAUUUCUAUGGUAUGAAUAGUUGGUGGUUUUCUGUCUCGAGCUGA